UUUCAUUCACUUUCCUUGUUUGCUGUCAGUGUGCGACGUUUUCCUCGUCUGUAUGGCGUUGAGCAAGUGUCGUGACGUUUCCCGCUCAUCUGUAGCGACGCGUCGCCCUAUAGAUUUGCUGCGUGCUCAUUGGGUUGAACUGGAGGAUCGUGUAUGGGCAGAUCACAUCACUGGCAAGUUGUUUGAGAGAGAAAUGAUAUCAAUGAGGGAUAAAGAGGAAAUAGAGAGGAAAGCGCGUGGCAGUAGAAGGGAGGGAGCUGUUUUGCUGUUGGAGAUGAUGAUGACAAGCAGCUGGUGCGCAUGCGUGGAUUUUGCUGUCAUUCUUAGUGAGACUGAACGUUUGAAGGAUCUUGGAGAGAAACUGUUGAGAGAUGCAGGAGAUGCUGGCGUGAGGGAUGGACGAGACAGAGGAACAAUAGUUGUAGAGAACAGACGAUUGAAAAGUGAGAAUGAGAGUUUGAUGAAGAAAGUGAAGAGAUCAGAGAAGAAAGAGAGAGGAGAGAGAGUGUUGAGAGUUGGUCUGGAGAUGGAAAAGAGAUCUGAUGUCACUCAAUACAAGUGGAAACAAUUCAAAAUGAGAGAUGGAAUUCCACGGAUACCCUCUAGUUAUUUGAAUCGUGUUGCAACUUUACAACAGAAAGUCAUUGUUGCUGAGCACUUUAGUACUGAGUUAUUAAUCAUUGACAUUCAUUCAUCUGAUGUCAAGUGUUCUACUGUAGCCAGUAGACAAAAUGCAUGUGGUAAUAGAACUUGUCAACUUUUUAAUGACAGACUUUUUAAUGCAGGAGAUGAAUGUUUUGGUACAUUCUACAAUGACAGAGAUCAGCAGAGCAUGGGAAUAUACAGAGCAGAGAAGGAGGAAUGGGAACAUGUGACUGACAUUCCAUCAUAUGAUAAGUUACAUUGCUAUGGUAUUACAGCUGAUAGGGAUCAUGUAUACAUAGUGGGUGGUUUGGAUGGUGAUGUUGUUCUACAUGACACAAUAUUGGUAUAUGACAUCAACACAGGCACACAGUGUGACAGUAAGAAGAUGAGCAGCAAGAGGUGUGACUGUUCAUGUACAAUCAUAGAUAACAUGUUGUAUGUGGGAGGAGGAUGGGAUGAAGGGCGAUGUUUGAAUAGUAUGGAGUGCAUCUCACUCAAUGACUACAGCAGUCACCACAGAGUAGCAGCUACACCUACAUACCGCUGUUCACUAACAACACUGUGUGACAGACUGGUGAUGUUAGGUGGGAUAGUUGGUGAUGCUUGCACUAGUCCUACCAGUAACAUGGUUUCAGUGUUGAGUCCAUGUCUCAACUCGUGGCUGCCACUACCAGCAAUGAAUGAAGAAAGGUCCCGGCAUGGAACAUGCACAGUUGGUGAUGACACUCUUGUGGUGGUGGGAGGAGUAAGAAUUGUUGAAGAUUUGAAUGAAUCUUCAGCUCUUGCUCAUUAUGAACUAUUGAGAUUUGAGUGAAAACAUUUUUAUGCAGUAGGAAUGUGUUUGUUUGUAUUUUCUGUCUGUAGUAAUCACUAGUUGUUGUCUUUGUUUGUAUUUUCAUGUUGCUCAGCAGUUGUGCAUUGUUAAACAUUGAUAUCAAACAAUUUGUUUUGAAAUUUUUAAUUAAUUGCAAACAAGUUGCAUGCUCUAG